CACCCCGUGUGGUAACGGGUUGAGCUGUUACCUUAUUUAAACAAGAGCAAUUACUAGGGAAACACAAGAAUUAGUAAGGAAAACAGAAGGGAUUUUUAGAUCAGGUUUGCAAGGUUUCUGAAGACAGUCCCAAAACUGGAUCCCUGCAUAGAUCACACAGCCAACUGUGCACGCUACCUCAAUAAACCUAAACAAACUUCUCACAAGUUUUAAAAAGACGACUUUGCUCACUGUUCUUAAUUUUUUACGCAGAAUAAAAAAAGGAAGGAAAAAAAAUACAUUCAAAGGUGCAAACAUGCCAUGCCUGGCGUUUUUGAGCUGCACGUGCGUGUGGUUGCUUGUGUUACCUGUAAAGGUAAGUGCACUCAGUAAUGAAGACAGUGACAUCGACGUGUUAGUCCUUUUGCCAGAGGAAAACUCGUACAUCUUCAGCAUCCCCAGGGUUCGACCAGCUAUAGACUACGCACUGAAGAGCAUCAACUCCAACGAGAGUCUUAAUUCAGGGUUCAAUUUCAAGGUCCACUAUAAUAACUCCAACUGCGGCAACCAAGCGCUCUUCAGCUUUGUGGAAAGGUCCUUCCUGAAGAAACCCGACGUGGUUCUGGGUCCGGUUUGUGAAUACGCUGCAGCCCAAGUGGUGCGGAUGGCGUCCUACUGGAACAUCCCCAUACUUUCUGCAGGUGCCUUGGCAUCCGGGUUUGGCACGAAGAAAGCCGAAUACACGCACCUGACUCGAGUUUCCCCGGCGUACUCGAAGAUGGGGGAAGCGUUCGGGGCGAUGUUUAAGCAUUUCUCGUGGAAGAGGGCUGUUCUCAUCUACCAGGAGGACAAAGAACGGAACUGCUUCUUCUCCAUCGAGGGGGUCUACGCUGUGCUGGAAGCAGAGGGGUACCACACAAUUACGCUUGCCUUUGAUUUGAGGCACCCCAUGGAGAUUGAAGAAAUCAUCAAGUCGAUCCAAGAGAGCGAUGGUAUAGUCGUCAUGUGUGCUGCCAGCAACGAUAUCCGGGACAUCAUGCUUGCAGCUCAUCGGCGCAGAAUGACCAAUGGGGAUUAUAUCUUCUUUAACAUCGAGCUCUUCAACAGUACGUCUUAUGGAAAUGGCUCUUGGAAGAGAGGGGACAAGUAUGACACGGAAGCCAAGCAGGCCUACGCUGCCCUCAAGACUGUGACUCUGCUGAGGUCGGUGAAGCCGGAGUUUGAGAGAUUCUCCAUGGAAGUGAACAGGUCCCUGCAGAAGCAGGGUGUCAGUGGAGAGGAUGACAGUGUCAACAUGUUUGUAGAAGGCUUCCAUGAUGCUCUGCUGCUCUAUGCUUUGGCGCUUCAUGAAGUGCUGAAGAACGGCUACAGCAAAAAGGAUGGAGACAAGAUUGUGCAACACAUGUGGAACAGGACAUUUGAAGGCAUUGCAGGCCAGGUGUCUAUAGAUGAGAAUGGUGAUCGAGACGGGGAUUUCUCGGUGAUCGCCAUAACGGACCCUGAAGCAGGUACACACAAGGUCGUUGCGAACUUCUACGGAAAAAAUCAAAGCUUUGAGGUGCAACCGAAUGUGAAGAUUGACAUGUUCAUUCAAAGACUUCCUCAUGAUGAGAACAGAGUCCAUGGAAACCGAGACACACCCCCUUGUAAAUCAUCAGGUGGGCUUGGGGAGUCAGCAGUCACUGGCAUCGUGGUAGGAGCUCUUCUAGGAACAGCCCUGCUACUGGCAUUCUACUUCUUCAGGAAGAACUACAGGAUAACCAUUGAGAGGAGAAUCCAGACAGAAGAGUGCGACAUCGGGAAGCAUCGCCAGCUGCGAGAAGACUCCAUCAGAUCCAACUUUUCAGCAGCAUAAAGAAGAGGACGAAAUGCUGUGAUUCCCCAGAAGCUUUUAGAGGGAUGUGACCAAAGACUUUGCAGGCUGUUCAAGCAGACAUUUUAUUUUCAUGUUAUUUAAGAAGUAGAGUUAUUUUUUAAAAUCUCAUUUUCUUUGACUUUCAGGAAACUCAGGAAAGUUGUAAUAAUUACACAGUGCCACUCCACGGCAUCUCUCUCUGUAGAAACAAGGAUGUAUUUUUACAGUAUUCUGUAAGGGUUUUCUUAGUGGCCAGUACUGAGUUCAGGGGUAGCGAUGGCUCUCUCACUGUAUUUCACCUUCCAUGUUCCCAGCCCUCAGCACAACAGCUAAUAUGUAUAGUUUAAUUCCAGUGGGUUUUGUUGCAACGCAAUGGACUAGGCUUCCUCACCCAUUUCCUGCUUUCGUUCUCCCUGAUGACCCAAAGUUUAAAUGGUAAUUCAUGGUAAACAGUUUAAGACAAGAAUGUAGCUUUUUGAUUAACUAUAUUAAGGAAGGAAUUGCGGAAAAAGACAACCACAGCUUUGACCUUGGCAUUGGUUUAUGCAUACAAGUGUUGUGCUGCAAGAUUAACUAACUGUGUGUAUAUAAUUCUAUAGAAUUUAGGAGGUGCUGUAAUACCACUGAAUUUGUAGAGAUCCAAGUACAUUUGGAAUCAUUUGGAGGAAAGACAACAAAUACUGCAUUUUGGUCAAUGCAUCCGAAACAAAGUUAAAAACGGUGACUAGGCUGUGGAUACAUUGGCACAUAAAUAUAUUAAAACAUCUGGACAAAGGAG